AUGACAGACCUGCCGUAUCGCAACAAAACGGCAGACCCGUCGAACCAUGGCGGCGGCGAGGAGGAAGAGGAGGAAGAAGACGACAUCGACGACUCUGGCUACAAGACACAAAAAGACGCUGUACUAUUCGCCAUCGAUGUCAGCAAAAGCAUGCUGCAGACGCCGACAGACGCAGAUCCGAAGAAGCCAGAUACGGCGUUAUGUCCGACGUUAGCAGCAUUGAAGUGCGCUUAUGCGUUGAUGCAGCAGCGCAUCAUUUCGAACCCGAACGACAUGAUGGGUAUUCUUCUUUUCGGCACGGAGAAGAGCAAAUUCCAGGAAGGGGACGAGGAGACCGGCAGAGGCGGCCUGCAAUACCCGCACUGCUACCUUCUCACAGACCUGGAUGUUCCGGCAGCCGCGGACGUCAAGCAGUUACGAAGUAUGGUCGAAGACGAGGAGGAGGCGUCGAAGUUGCUGCAGGCAUCAACCGAAGAAGUCAGCAUGGCGAACGUUCUGUUCUGCGCCAACCAAAUCUUCACUACCAAAGCACCCAACUUCUCCUCCCGCCGGUUGUUCUUGGUGACCGACAACGAUUAUCCUCACGCGGCCAACCGCGAUGCUCGCAACUCAGCGGCAGUCCGGGCCAAGGACCUGUAUGACCUUGGUGUGACCAUCGAGCUCUUUCCAAUCUCCCAUCCAGACCGCGGCUACACGUUCGACCGAAGCAGAUUCUACAAUGACAUUGUCUACUCCGCCACUCCAUCCGACCCAGACGCACCAGCACCGCUCUCUUCCGACAUCAAAGCUGCCAAUGCUUCCGCAAAGGAUGGGAUCAGUCUGUUGCAGGCCUUACUGUCGUCCGUGGCAUCCCGUGCAGCACCUCGCCGCGCACUCUUCAGCAACGUGGCCUUUGAAAUCGCUCCAGGCCUCAAGAUCAGUGUCAAAGGCUUCAUCAUUCUCAAACGACAAGAGCCAAGACGCACAUCCUACAUAUACCUCCCGUCUGAUAGUGACAAGCCUCAGGUCGCCGUCGGCAGCUCGACGUUGAUGGCAGAAGACACAGCACGUUCGGUGGAGAAGGUCGAGAUACGGAAGGCGUACAAGUUCGGUGGCGAAACAGUCUCGUUCACCAUGGAGGAGAUGGCCAAGAUCAGGAACUUCGGUGACCCAAUCAUCCGUAUCAUUGGCUUCAAGCCGAUGGAUAUGCUCCCGAUAUGGGCCAACAUCAAGCAUAACACAUUCAUCUACCCCUCAGAAGAAGAGUACGUCGGCUCGACCAGGGUCUUCUCUGCGUUACAGCAAAAGCUGCUGAAAGAUAAGCUCUUCGGCCUCGCUUGGUUUAUCCCUCGCAAGAACGCCGUACCGACCCUCGCCGCCGUCUACCCGGGCACCGAGAAGCGUAACGAAGAAGGCGAACAGGUCAUGCCUCCAGGCCUCUGGAUCAAGCCUCUGCCUUGCGCCGACGACAUUCGUGAACCACCAGAGACCAACUCCAUCAAGGCACCAGACGAGCUAAUCGACUCGAUGCGCGUUAUAGUACAACAGCUCCAGCUUCCGAAAGCCGUCUACGACCCAAGCAAGUACCCGAACCCAAGCCUGCAAUGGUUCUACAAGAUCUUGCAAGCUCUUGCUCUGGAGGAGGAUCUACCGGAGACUCCAGAAGACAAGACGCUGCCACGGUGGAAGCAGAUCCACAGGCGCGCUGGGCCGUAUGUGGUCGAAUUUGGUGAAAUGUUGGAGAAGCAUUACGCCGAGUGGCAACGCGAGAACAAAAGCAGUGUACAUCCAACUACCAAUGGCGCUGCAAAGAGGUCACAGACGUCCACGGCCUCAGGAGCUAAGAAGGUGAAGACGGAGGAUGUGGAAGAUGAAGGUCCCAGUGAGGAGCAAAUGCUGGCGGCACAUCAGAAGGGUGCUCUCGCAAAGUUCACAAAUCCACAGUUGAAGGCAUUCUUGGCUUCAAAGGGAGGGCGCGCUUCGGGAAAGAAGGCAGAUCUUGUGGAGGCUGUGACGGGAUACUUCGAGACGCGGAUGAAUGUCGAUUGA